ACAGGCGACAGUGGGACUGAUGGGUGGAAAGGUCGGGUUCGCCGCCAGACGAUGAAGGCUGCUUUGAUCAACGGCCCAAAUCUCUCACACGCUUGUGUCGAGAACCGCGACGUGCAUCUCACUCGAGUCUCCUCCUUGCUACAGAAGAAGGUCGGAACUCCGACGCGCGCAGCGUAUUAGUUCGGGCAGUGCAGAUGGCGGGUGCAGUAGCUGGGCCGUGCCUCUUCUGCCAAAUUGCCCGAUCUUCCACUUCUAACCCUCUCCUCUACACCGAUGAAAAGGUCGUUGCUUUUCAAGAUAUUAACCCUUCGGCAUUCAGGCACUAUCUGGUUAUUCCUGUGGAGCAUAUAUCAACCGUCAAGGAUCUCCAAAGAAGAAGUGAAGAUUAUCAUUUGGUGAGCCACAUGUUGAAUGUCGGACAAACUCUGUUGCAAAAAGAUGCACCUGGAUGUAGGCAUUAUAGGUUUGGGUUUCAUCAGCCUCCAUUCAACAGCGUCAACCAUCUCCAUCUUCAUUGUUUAGCACUUCCCUUCAUGCCAAGAUGGAAGCAUUUAAAGUAUGUAUCUUUGGGAUCUCUUGGUGCAUUCAUAGAGGCUGAGAAGCUGUUGGAGAAGAUAAAGCCAUCGACAGUGGUGCACUCAUAGCUAAUGGUUGACUGCUCUGCUGUGGGUUUGAUCCUUCUCAAACUGUCUGGUUCAGGGUUCAGUCUGACCUAAUUUUCCCUCUACAUGUUUUUUUAAAAGAUUUCUCUCUACAAAAUUAUAAAGGUUCUCGUGGAAAAAUGCUUCUUGAAUGUCUGAAAUCUUAUCACCAUUUAAUAAUUUUCUUGUUUCUA